ACAGGGAGGAGCGGCGUGCCAAAGAGCGGCCGCGGCGAGCGCCUUUGGAGAGACGCAGUUCCCCAUCGGUGCUGAACCUGAUCGGUUGUCUGCUGGCCAGCGCCGAUCACUACAGGCUGUGUUUUGUACCGUGAUUUGAUACAAGUGUGAGAGUUCGCACUGCACGUUGCCCUUCGUAGACAGAGAGUAAGCCAGAAGUAAGCAAGAUGAAGGAGACAAUCAUGUCGUCAUCGGCGAUGAUUGUGGUGUCCAACCGUCUGCCGUUUAUCCUGCGGGAGGCGGAGGACGGCACCCUGCACAGGAAACAAUGCGCCGGAGGUCUGGUGACCGCCGUGGCCCCCGUGGUGGUCGAGAGCGGCGGCCUGUGGGUCGGAUGGCCCGGUAUGCACCUCAAGGACUCCAACGUGGCCAUACCCGAGUCGGACCCGGAGGACUUGUCACCGUGCGCCGGGCUCAAGUCCAAACAGGUGGUGACUGUCAACAUGGACAAGAACACGUUCGACGGUUACUACAACGGCUGCUGCAACGGCACCUUCUGGCCGCUGUUCCACUCGAUGCCGGACCGCGCCAUCUUCAAGGCAGACUACUGGGAGGAUUACAAGAAGGCCAACCUGGAGUUUGCCGAUAUGACCAUCCGCGCCCUGGAGCUGAUGUACAAGGAGCGCGGCAACGAGCUGGCGCAGGCUGACGAGGCUCCCCUGGUGUGGAUUCACGACUAUCAUCUGAUGCUGGCGGCCAACACCAUCAGACAGAAAGCGGAGGAGAAGAAUCUCAGAUGCAAGCUUGGCUUCUUCCUGCAUAUUCCGUGUCCCAGCUGGGACAUAAUGAGGCUGUUCCCGUGGGACGAUGAGAUCCUCCAAGGCAUGCUCGGCUGCGACAUGGUGGGCUUCCACAUCGAGGACUACUGUUUCAACUUCAUCGACUGCUGCCAGCGCCGUCUGGGCUGCCGUGUCGACCGGAGCAACAUGCUGGUGGAGCACGGAGGACGCACGGUGCGCGUCCGCGCCCUUCCCAUCGGCAUUCCGUUUGACCGGUUCAAGUCCCUGGCGGCGUCCGCGCCGAGAACGUUCUCCGAUUCUCAGCAGCUGAUUCUGGGCGUUGACCGCCUGGACUACACCAAGGGUCUGGUUAACCGGAUCCGCGCCUUCGAGAGGCUCCUGGAGAAGCACCCGGAGUACAUCAACAAGGUCACCUUCCUCCAGGUGGCAGUGCCUUCGCGCACCGACGUCAAGGAGUACCAGGAGCUGAAGGAGGAGAUGGACAUGCUGAUCGGCCAGGUGAACGGCCGCUUCACCACGCCGAUGUGGUCUCCGAUCCGCUACAUCUACGGCUGUAUCAGCCACGAGCAGCUGGCUGGAUUCUACCGGGACGCAUCCGUGGCACUGGUCACCCCGCUGCGCGACGGCAUGAACCUGGUGGCCAAGGAGUUCGUAGCCUGUCAGACCGAGGAGGACCCGGGCGUGCUCAUCCUGUCACCGUUUGCCGGUUCUGGCGCUCAGAUGAUGGAAGCGCUGCUGGUGAACCCGUACGAGAUCGAUGACGUCGCCGAGACCAUCCACCGCGCGCUUACCAUGGACAAGGACGAGAGGCGUCUCCGCAUGACCUGCCUGCGGAGACGCGAGAAGCAGUACGAUGUCACAUUCUGGCUGCGCUCCUUCCUCAAGGAAAUGGGCACGCUGAGACGCGAGGACGGCGACCAGGUGCGUCCCACCCAGCUGAUGCCUGUCAGCAUGGCGGACUUUGACGAGUACCUGCGCGACUACAUCAAGCCCACGGACCGCGUGGCGCUGCUGCUCGACUACGACGGCACUCUAGCACCGAUCGCCAAACACCCCGACUUCGCCACCAUCCCGGUCGAGACGAAGAGAGUCCUGGAGCGACUUGCCAACGUCUCGUCCGUCAACAUCGCCAUCAUCUCUGGCCGCAGCCUGGAGAACGUCCGCAGCAUGGUCGGCAUCAACAACAUCACGUAUGCCGGCAACCACGGCCUGGAGAUCCUGCAUCCGGACGGCACGAGGUUCGUGCACCCGGUACCCAGCGAGUACGAGGAGAACCUGAGCGGUCUGCUGCGCGCGCUCCAGGAGCGCUGCUGCCGCGACGGCGCCUGGGUCGAGAACAAAGGCAUCAUCCUCACCUACCACUACCGCGAGGUACCCAUCGAGAAGCGCCCUCCACUCGUGGCUGAAGCGCGCAAGCUCUUCACAAAGUUCGACUUCACGCCUUCGAUGGCUCGCUGCGCGAUCGAGGCCCGGCCGCCGGUGAAGUGGAACAAGGGCCGCGCUUCCAUCUACAUCCUGCGCACCCUGUACGGGCUCGACUGGCAGGAGGGUGUGCGCGUGCUGUUCGCCGGCGACGACAACACCGACGAGGACGCCAUGAGGAUGCUCAAGGGCAUGGCGGUCAGCUUCCGCGUGACGGCAUCUUCGUCUGUGCGCACGGCUGCCAACCGGCGCCUGCCUGACACCGACUCCGUGCUGAUGAUGCUGAAGUGGGUGGAGCGGCAGAUGGCUGCGUGCAGGGCGCGCCGCAACACUCCCCCCACCUCUGGCUCGCCGCCGCCCGACGGCACCAAGCUGCUCAACUUCCAGAUGUCCAUGGAGGAGGGCGAGAUGGAGCACAUCAUGGAGAACGGCCGAGGCCGGGGACGCAGGCCGUCGCCCAGCGCCAUCGAGAUCGUGCCCGAGGUGCCCAACGGCGCGUAGUCGCGGCAAGACGUGCAGCGCUGGACGCUGGCGGGGGUGGGGUUGGCAGAGGGUGGACCGAGAGGAGUUGCUGGCGCAGCAGCUGAUGAAGCCGAUCUGGGGAGACUGGCAGGGACAGUCUGAACGGGGCGAGACGAGAUGGCGACAGCUUCGCCAGCCGCGCCCGUCGAGCGAUUGUAUUUGUUGUGUAGCUUCUUGGUGUUGCUGACGCCAAUAGAGGCUCGUGAUUGUUAUUUUGCUUUCACAGCAAGCAUUCUCUCACAGACGCAUGCACACAUACACACAUGAAUCCAGAAAGGUAAGAUAUCGCGCCUUUAUUUAAAGACCUUCCCAUGAGCGAGUCUCGGUACAUAUAUAUCGGCAAUCUCCGCCCCUGAGUAUUUUACCGCGUUGAUAUUCGGAGCCGCCAUUGUGUAAAACCACGCAUAUUGUCGCUUUCCGUUGUCUUCCAUUGCGAUAUAUUUUGGACAACGCGCAAGCUUGACUGCUGAAUGGCCAGCGAUGGCCAGUGUUCUACCUUACGCUGUUGUUUUUGAGAUCUUGUGAAGCGUACAUAUGGGCAGUGAAAGGAUUAGGGUACAAGUUUCUAGUAAUUAUACUCAGACUUGGCCACUGUUUGUAUUUCAGACAUGGUGUUGACAGAGCGCUUUCUGUGUAUUGUAGAUUGUGUUUUCUAUGACUGUGCUCUAAAUAUAUUGCAUUGUGAGCAAAUAA